GUGGCGAGGGCGGGUCUAUAGUGCCAGCCGAGCCCUGGAAGCCCCCUCCCCGCCGCCCGGCCCCCAGUGUCUCAGUCCACUGGGACCGGGGAGUCCCACAACCCAGCUGGCCGGGGAGCUAAUGACAGGGCGGCCGCUGGCGACUCGGCCUCAGACUCAGCGUGGCCUCGGCCUGGCCCCCACUUCCUGCCGAGGUGCAGGCUCCGCCUGCCGCAGGGGCAGGAAGGGGGGUCGCGUGGGGGACCCUCCAGAGCUGGGAAGGGGCAGGAAAGGGGCGGGGCGCGUGAAGAAUGUGCGGAAGCGCCUGUUUACCGGGGGGCGGGGCAGAGCAGGCUCCCUAGCCUUGCCCAUGACCUGCCCCCCCUCCAGCUCAGAGGACACGGAGCUCCCGGCCCCCACCCCGGGAGGACGCGGGAGGUCACGGCGCGGGCGGGGUGCGCGCUCCGAGCCCAGCAGAGCUGCCCGACAGGCCUGGCCAGAGCGGGUUUGGCUCCCAGACCCGCCCGCCUCGCUGAAGCGGCUCCCCUCCAGCCCCCACUGGACUCCAGGGCACCGGACACAGGAGCCCUCCUGACUCUAGAUAACUUGCCCACAAGCCAAGAAGUGGACCCAGAAUCUUGCUAUGUAUGAUACCGCUAAGCCUAAUUUCCACUUGUGUUUUCUGAGAAAAGAGUCAUUCCCACCACUCGGCACUACUGGGCAGGACUCUUGGCUCUGGCUGGAUGGUCAUGUGCCUGCUGUGGAUCUCUGAGCUCCGGGGACAAGAGCACUGUUCAGCUCUGGCUUAUGGUGAUGUGGGGUAUUGAACCUGGGACUUUGGAGCCUCAGGCAUGCCAUGCUGACUACAGUGCUGCUGAGCUGUGUGCUGCUGCUGGCAUUGCCCGUCAUGCAGGGGGCCCAGAUGGACUUGGUUCCCAUGGAGGGCAUCAGAAGACCUGACCAGACGCUGUUCUCAGAGAUGCCAGGCCUGGGCCUGUCAUCCCCUUCAAAAAGGAUAACUGCAGAACAAGAGGAAGAGGAUUUGCUGCAGGAGGCCAAAUCCUUGAUAGAGGAGCUAGAUCCUCAGGGCCGUGAGCCCCGAACACUGCGUCGCUGUGUUCGGCUGCAUGAGUCCUGCCUGGGACACCAGGCACCUUGCUGUGACCCAUGUGCCACAUGCUACUGCCGCUUCUUCAACGCCUUCUGCUACUGCCGCAAGCUGGGCACUGCAACGAACCCCUGCAGCCGCACCUAGCUGGCCAACAUCAGGGUUGGGGCUUGGCAGGGGGGGGGGCGGCAAAUAAACGAUGGGACCAAA